AUGAAAUUGUUUCUCGUCACGGGCUUAUUCUCAGCCUUCUUAGCAACCGCUCAACUCACCGGUCCCGUCGGCCCAACCACAGCCCUCUCACAAAAAACCCACGAAUGCAAUAUUCUCGACUACGGAGCUGUGAACGACAACUCAACUGAUGCGGCAGACGCCAUCGAGAAAGCUUUCAAGACCUGCGUCGUCCCUCACGCUGGAAGUCGUCUGGUAGUCCCUGAUGGAAAGUACUUGAUCAAACGCUCAGUCGUUCUGACAAACGGUACAAACUGGGCGUUCCAGCUCGAUGGGCUCAUCACUUUGGCCUAUGGUGGUAACUGGACUGUUGAUCGUAAGUUGGUUUUGCAGGGCUUUGCGGGAGUUGAGCUGCUGAACGCAACUAUCAAUGGUGAAGGUGAUGGGCAAUUCUUGCAGAAUGGACUCACCAUUAUAAAUCCCGUCGACUUUGAGUUCUAUUCGCAGAAUGGAAAGGGUGCCAUUCAGGGACAAGGCUAUAUCUAUAGAAACCUGGCAAAUACUUUCCGUCCCCGUCUUGUUAGACUCAUUUCACCCAUCAACACUUCUGUUCACGACCUUAUUCUCGUUGACAGCCCAAAGUUUCACAUUGUUUUUGACUUUGCUGAGAACCUCGAGGUAUAUCAUCUCACCAUCCGAGGGGCCAACUUGGGUUCUUAUGAUGGGGUUGAUGUUGUUGGCACGAAUUAUUGGGUCCACGAUAUCGAGGUAACCAACCGAGACGAAUGUGUAUCGGUCAAAAGCCCUUCCAACCAUGCUCUUAUCGAGAACUUGGUUUGUAACCAAGCCGGUUCUGGUAUCUCGAUUGGCAGUCUUAACGUGUCAGCGUCUAUCGCCAAUAUCCAUGCGCGAAACAUCAAUAUCAUCCAGGGAAACAACAUUGCUUUCAUCAAGACUUACCCAGGAGGCUCUGGUCACGUCACCAAUAUUACAUUUGAGAACUUCCGAUCCAAGGCAUCCCUUUACGGCCUGGAUAUCAAUCAGUAUUGGCAGAACACAUUUGAACCUGACACAGGAGCCGUAGCUUUGAGCAACCUUGUCUUCAAGAACUUCUCCGGAUCUGUCGCCGAUGGUGCCAAGCGACCUCCUCUCUUUCUGGUCGCCAAUGACCUAUCAUUCGCCACCAACGUCACAAUCCAAGACUUCAGCCUCUGGACUGAAUCUGGAACAUCAGUUGUCAAUAAGAUUAGCAACAUCUUUGGCCAUGGUGACGAUUCUUAUGGAGAGGCGAAUGGUAUCAAAUCGCUUUCCUCUGGGCAGUCACCCACGCCUUACACCAGCACCUACACUGUUACCGCUACACCCACUGGCUGGACCGCUCCACCACUCCCAACGUGGGCUGCUGCAAGCACUGGUUAUGGAACUGAUAUACCUAUUCCGGUUUACACGCCAGCUGCUCUAUGGAAGCCGGAGGGUGACUAUGAUAAGCAUUACUGGGGCUCUUUUUGA